AUGGGCGACCUCCUCGAUAAAAACUACCUUCUUUCUCUGGGAGAGAUAGACCCCGAGUUGAAAGCUUUCCUAGAAAAGGCCAAACUUCCCCCUGUGAAUUAUGACAGUCUGGAUGACUUCAAGCUUCUCGUCGAAAAAAGAAACGAAGAGACUCUGCGAGUACUCGGCCCCGCUCCUCCUGAGAUCAAGCAGUCCGAAGUCCAAUAUCCCGCCGACGACGGAACCUUGUUGAGGGCAAAGCUCUACCAGCCAACCACGAAACCUCAGAAUGGAAGCCCAUUGGUAGUCUUGUUUCAUGGUGGUGGUUUCUGUAUAGGUGCUCCUGAAGGAGAAGAGCAAACAGCUCGAAAUCUGGUCCAAGCAUUUGGCGUUGUCGCCAUUUCGGCCUCUUACCGACUUGCACCCGAGUUCAAAUUCCCCUAUGCCCCAAAGGACGCAUGGGCCGCACUAAGAUGGGCCGCAGCGAAUGCAAAAGACUGGGGCGCUGAUCCAUCUCUAGGUUUCAUCGUCGGCGGAACAUCUGCUGGCGGUAACAUCAGUGCAGUUUUGGCCCACGUCGCCCGAGAUGAGAAUCUGUCACCUCCUCUGACCGGCCAAUAUCUCGCCAUUCCUGCAAUUCUGCCCCAGGGGAAGGAGCCCGAGAAAUACAAGCAAUAUCUGCUCUCCUAUGAGCAGAAUAAAAAUGCUCCCGUCCUGCCCCAGGCCGCCGUGGAUAUGUUUAUGAAAGGGUACCAACCCGAUGACAACGAUGAUAUCUGGUAUUCCUGCUUCAAUCACCGAAAGGGCCAUGCGGGACUUCCCACAGCAUUCUUCCAAAUCGACGGAAUGGAUGUUCUUCGAGAUGAAGCCAUCGUAUACGAGCGAGUUCUGCGCGAAGAAAAUGGUAUCAAGACCAAGUCGUUCAUCUACCCUGGUCUUCCUCACGGGCAUUGGGGUUUUUUCCCUUUCCUGGAAAGCUCCAAGAAGUUCCGCAAGGAGCAAGUCGAAGGAUUUGGUUGGUUGUUGGGUAGAGAGCCUGAUUGGACCAAUGUCAAGACCCAGGCUGUUGCUGCAGGUGUAUAG